UUCCAGCAGGAGGAGUGGCUGCUGCUGCUGCUGCCCCGGGGGAGGGGAGCGUUUGUCCGGAUACGUGAGAGAAGUUGAGGCGGUCCCAGAAACCCACGCACAACGGCCGUCCGGGAUCAGCCAGCCCUCCAUUUACCUCCAAACAUGGCCCCUUCCACUUCUUCCCAACUUCUCUGGGCACUUUUCAUCUUUCUUUCGUUGGCUGUGGUCAAAUGUCAGUAUGAGAAGUACAGUUUCCGGAGCUUCCCCAGACAUGAGCUCAUGCCUCUGGAGUCUGCCUACAAAUACGCACUGGACCAGUACACUGGAGAGAAGUGGCAGGACACCGUGGAGUACAUGGAGGUGUCUCUGCGCCUCUAUCGGCUCCUGCGGGACAGCGAGGCCUUCUGCAACCUCAACUGCAGCUCCGUCAGGCUGGACGACGAGGACAAGUUUGCGGAGUUUCCCGAACUGCGCGCAUUCGGGAACGUGAUGAAAAGAGCGCAGUGUCUGAAACGGUGCAAACAGGGUCUGCCCGCGUUCAGACAGACCAUGCCCAGCCGGGACACCAUAGAUGAGUUUGAUAGAAGAGAGCCCUACAGAUACCUGCAGUACGCCUACUUUAAAUCUGAUAACCUGGCCAAGGCUGUUUCUGCUGCUCACACCUUCCUGCUGAAGCAUCCAGAUGAUGAGAUGAUGCAGAAGAACAUGGCCUACUACAGGAGUCUGCCAGGGGCUGAAGAACACCUCAAAGACCUGGAGACCAAAUCCUAUGAGACGUUGUUUGUGCGUUCUGUGAGGGCAUACAACGGAGAAAAUUUCCGUACCUCAAUAUCAGACAUGGAACUGGCUCUGAGGGAUUUCUUCAAGGUCUAUGAUGAGUGUCUGGCAGCGUCUGAGGGACCCAGGGACAUCAAAGACUUUAAGGACUUCUACCACAACAUAGCCGAUCACUAUUCUGAGGUCCUAGAAAGGAAGGCCAGGUGUGAGAGUGACCUGACGCCUGUUGUAGGAGGUUUCGUUGUGGAAAAGUUUGUGGCCACCAUGUACCACUACCUGCAGUUUGCUUAUUACAAAUUGAACGACCUAAAGAACGCAGUGCCAUGUGCAGCCAGCUACAUGUUGUUUGAUCCCAGUGAUGAAGUCAUGAAGAACAACGUGGCUUAUUACAAGUAUCACAGAAACCAGUGGGGGCUGACAGAGGAGGACUUCCUGCCCAGAUCAGAGGCCGUGCGGUACUACAAUCAGACCACCAUGCAGCUGCAGAUGUUGGAGUUCUCCAGACAACACCUGGCAAGUGACGAUGAGGGGGAGGUGGUGGAGUUUAUAGAUGAGUUCCUGGAUGAGAAUGAAUAGCCUUCGUUGGAAACUCUGCCGAAACACUGAAAAACAAAAUACAAAUGACGAAAACAGCACCACCAGCUUGUAUUUAUUGGGUUUUGUUGUAAGAGGCUCUGAUUAACCUGCAGCUCCAAAUCCUGAAUAUUUUUCUGGAUUCUUACAGUAUUUUGUGCACUAAAUAUCCAGAUCAGUGGUAUGGACAAACAAUGAAAUGAUAUGAUGAUGAUUCUGCGUGUAGAGAUUUUACUGUCAGUUUUAUAAAUUCAUUCCUCUCCUGUGAAUUUUACUUGUCGUCUUACAAAAAUGUCAUUUUUACAAUAAAAUUACAUGACAUCA